ACAAUGAUCCUAACAGAUGUCAAAGGGUGGAAUACAGCUGUCAUGCCUUCAAUCACGUGACUUUUUAAUACUAUAUAUAUUCUUUUACUUCAAGAAUUUGCUUCUUUGGUUGGGCUUCAAAGUUCAAACCUCUCAGGGAUUUUUUGGGUAGAAGGCACCUCUCAGUUUGAGUAAUUAGGUAUGAACACUGGUUCAUUUCCCAUUAGUCUUUUCCUUUAAAGAUGGAAAGGGUUUCUUCCUGUGUUGCUUAUAAGAAUGUGGAUUUCAGAGCCUAACAAUUAGGACCAGUGUGUGCAUUUCCUUAGAGCUCAGAGAGGGUCUGAAACAUGGGUUUGAGUCUGUUAGCGACCAUUGUGUGCAAAAGUGCUGGAGUCUAGCUGUCUAGGUUUGUAUGCAAUCCCUCCCUCCAAAGUCUCCAAAUAAUGUCACGACCAGCGUUAGGUUUCAAGAUGAGUGUUACACAUUUCAUAGAUUUAUGUAGUGAUGAUGAGAUAGGAGAGGCAGUUGUGAAGGUUGAAAAACCCGACUUAGCCCCAGCCACAGUUACAGUGCAACAAAGUGAGUACAGUAAAGCCGAACAGGUCCAACAGCAAAGCUCUGAAAUCCUUAAUACAAGGCAAGAAUCUGAAGAGAGCAGAAAUUCUAAUCCUUUAAAUACUGGCCAAAGUGAUUCUGUUAUAUUGGAUGAAGGGGGUUCUCUGCUUGAUGUGUCAAGUCUUUCCUCUACACCACCUGGAUGCUCUGCACCACUCUGUCGGCAAUUCUGGAAGGCUGGGGAGUAUGAUGUCAGACAGGCUUCGAGAGUUUUACUUCAGGAUGGGAAAAAUCAUGUACAUGUUCAUCCAAAGUUUCUUCACUCAAAUGCUACUUCACAUAAAUGGUCAUUUGGAGCCAUUGCCGAACUGCUUGACAAUGCAGUGGAUGAGAUACAAAGUGGGGCCACCUUUGUCAUCAUUGAUAAAACCUCAAAUCCAAGAGACGGGUCUCCAGCUUUGCUAAUUCAAGAUGAUGGUGGAGGAAUGGACCCAGAUGCCAUGCGUCGCUGUAUGAGCUUUGGUUUUUCAGAUAAGAAAUCAAAGUCUGCUAUUGGGCAGUAUGGAAAUGGCUUCAAGACAAGCACUAUGAGACUUGGAGCAGAUGUUAUUGUCUUCAGCCGUCAUAUGGGCAAGAGGACGUUGACUCAGAGUGUUGGACUCCUUUCUUAUAGCUUUUUGAGACAAACAGGUCAUGAUAGAAUAGUUGUACCAAUGGUGGAUUAUGAGUUCAACAUAUCAACUGGCACGUUUGGAACCUUUUUACGCUAUAGCAAAGAGCAUUUCUUGUCUAAUCUGUCCAUGCUAUUGAAGUGGUCUCCGUAUGCAACAGAAUCAGAUCUGCUUAAGCAAUUUGAUGACAUUGGACAUCAUGGAACAAAAGUUAUUGUUUACAAUCUAUGGCUCAAUAAUGAUGGGGAAAUGGAGCUUGAUUUUGAAUCUAAUAAUGAGGAUAUUCUAAUCAUUGGUGCUGACCAAAUAGUUAAGACUGGUCAUCACUCAAAGAUACCAAGUGAACAGCAUAUUGCUAAUCGCUUCCGUCAUUCUCUUCGUGCAUAUUCAUCCAUCUUGUACCUUCGGAUUCCUCAACAUUUUAGAAUAGUAUUGCGUGGACGAGUUGUUGAGCAUCACAAUAUUGCCAAUGAUCUCAAAUUUCCUGAAUACAUCAUGUACAAGCCUCAAACAGGUGGAAAUAUGGAGGCCAUAGUUGUCACGACAAUAGGAUUUCUGAAAGAGGCUCCCCAAGUGAAUAUCCAUGGCUUCAACAUAUACCACAAGAAUCGUCUUAUAUUGCCAUUUUGGCGUGUAGUUCGUCAAACUGGUGGUAGUAGAGGCAGAGGUGUUGUUGGCAUAUUGGAGGCAAAUUUUAUCGAGCCAACUCAUGAUAAACAAGAUUUUGAGAAGACCACACUUUUCCAGAAGCUUGAAACACGCUUGAAGGAAAUGACAUUUGAGUAUUGGGAUUUUCAUUGUGAGUUGAUUGGGUAUCACCGAACUAAGAAAUCUCCAGCUACACCAGUGCCUCCCCAGGAGUUGCCUCUUUCUGGAACGUAUGGUGGUCCACAAUCUGUUAUGUUGAACCAGAGGUCUUAUGCAGUUCACAGUCCAAGAGUAGCUUCUUCAGGAAGAAGAACCCUUCAAAAUCUUGCAGCAACUCCAACCCAAGUAUCAGUAGGCACAUCAAGGGAAUCUAUUAGCAACAAUCAAACCAGCACCCAACAUGGGUUAGUCAUGAAAAGGAAAGAACAUGAUCAUACAAUAGAACCAGAAAGGAUGAAAAGGCAGAUAAGCACAGGGGCAAAUGAGAAUGAUGCUGCAAUCAGAACACAGCCCCAGGAUCAUAUCGAUAACCAAUUGCAAGAUCCAGAAGUCAUAAGCCUUCUGCAAGAAAACAAGAAGCUCCAUGCACAGUGCGAGGAAUAUGAGAAGAUGCAACAACAACUUAAUCUCAAGGUACAGCGGCUUAGAAGCGAGCUUGAAGAGGUUCAACGUGAGUAUGCAAGGCUGUUGGCUGAAUCACAAGAGAUGGACGCUAUCAAGGUGGAGAAAUUGUAAAUGACUAAAUGGGUGGAUUUUUCCUUUUUUCUUCCUCCAAGAAUUCCAUUUCUCGAGAUUGGAGUUGUGUAUAGAUCAAAAUAUGAGAAAAUUAUCACCCUUAAGGGUGUGGUAUACUAGGGUUGCUGUGUCCAGGAGUCUGUACAUGUACCGUUACAUUAUUACCAAAUUUGCCCUUUUGUAAAUGAUAGAAAGGGUGAAAAAGAAUUUUGCUUUGCUGAUA